AUGGACGAGAAGAAGGAGGAUGUCCACCAUGUGGACGCUGUCAAACGUGAAGAUGACGGCCAUGUCCAGACUUUGGAAGAAGAAGCCGUCGACAAUGCAAAGCACAUCAAUUUGUCUUGGAGAUCAUGGGUUGUGGUCUUCUUCUGCUGUUUCGCCAUCAUGUCCCAGGUUUUCGUUGUCGUUGCUGCAGGAAGUGUUCUAGCAUUCAUUAUCCGAGACAUUGGCGAGCCAGCUUUGGCUUCAUGGAUCAUUCAGGGCCCCCUCCUCAUGCAAAGUGUUCUGUCCCCCCUUGUCGGACGUCUAUCCGAUGUUUUGGACCGCAAAUACAUGGCCUCAAUCCCUCCUCUCAUCGCCGCCGGCGGAUCAAUUAUGUGUGCGAAGGCCACCUCCAUGAACAUGUUGAUUGGUGGUGGCAUUCUCAUCGGCGUGACGCUUGCAACCAUUGCUAUCGUUCAAUCCAUCCCGUCUGAGAUCCUUCCCCUGAAAUUCCGCCCUCUCGCCAAUGGCUUUGCUUUCAUUGGUGGUGCUAUGGGCAGCUUGGCGGGUGGUCUCUCAGCCGGAGCCGUGACCAACAUCAGCGCAGACGGCUGGCGUAACAUCUUCUGGAUCCUCGCCGGUCUUCACGGCGCAACCUCAAUCGGCCUCCUCGCCUUCUACUGGCCCAAGAAGCGCGUCCGAACCCACAAAAUGUCCUUCAAGGAGUACGUCUGGGCCUGCGACCCCAUCGGAUGCACUCUCUUCACCGCAUCCUCUCUCUUGAUGUUGCUGGCCCUCAACUGGGCAGGCGGUACCUACAAGUGGUCAAAUCCCCAUGUUGCUGCGAACCUGGGAAUUGGAAUGGCAUUGUUGGUCGCCUUCUGUCUCUAUGAGUGGAAAGGACGUACCGAUGGCAUCGUUGCCCACGUCUUCUUCAAGAACGGACCCAACUUCUGGCUAUCGACCUUCGCCUUCGCCGUCGAAGGCUGGAUCUACUACUCUGCCGUCAACUCCGUGACCCCGCAGAUCAUCCUCAACCUUGGCUUCGAGUCCAACUCCUGGGACAUCGCCAUCCGACAGCUCUCCUACAAGAUCCCCUCCCUCGUCUGCUGCCUCCCCAUCACCCUCUACUCCACCUACAUGAAGGACAUGCGAACCCCCCUCGUUGUCACCUACGCCAUCUUCCUUGCCGCGACCAUCGGAUACGCUUGCAUCAAGCCGACCUGGGACGUAGGCCAGAUCGCACUCACUGUGUUGACCGGUAUCGGCACGAGCGGUCCGUUGACAUUGCUUGUCGCCUGCAUCCAGUUCAGCACGCCGCAUCAGUACCUCUCCACCGCCACGGGCCUUGCCUUCUCCGCGCGAGCCAUCGGCGGCGCCUUCGGCACAGCCGUUAUCACCGCCGUCAUCCGAUCGAGCCUAAACACACAUUACGCAGGCGACGUCGGCAGCGCGGCGCUCAAGGCGGGUCUACCGGCCGAUAAGGUCACCGCGCUCGUGACGGCGAUGCGGGCGGGUAAAAAGACGAUCACCGUGGAGGGUGCGACGCCCGAGAUCAUGAAGGCGGCGUGGAAUGCGAGCCAUUGGAGCUAUGCGAGGGCUUACCGGCUGGGAUGGUGGAGCGUGUUUCCGUUCGUAUUGCUCGCGACGGUUUCGGUGGCGUGUUUGAGGGGUAUCAGCCAUUUGAUGACGGAGAAGGUGGAGGCGACUGUCGAGAGGGAGAGUGAUGACGAGGAGAGGAAUACCAAGGUUGUUGAUUGAGUAAAUCAUUCAUCUAAUCGUUCUCCAUAAUCU